AGUUGCGCCAAAGGCGCGAACACUAUCAACAAAGAUCACAAUUUAUAUAUCUAAACUAUUACGAUUAAAUUGUUUUAAAAUGUAUGUCAGUUAGUUAAACCCAUAUCUCGGGACUGUUGGUUGGACUGUUGGUUUACGAUAACAUGAGCAGUGGUAGUUUUUGGAUGUUUUUAUGUUGUAACUGAGCUACAUGCAGGUUUGAACGUUAGCUCGCAAGUUUAUGUUGCGCAGCUAACAUAAAGUCAGUGUAGGCUUUCUAAAAAGUGACAACAGACUCGCUGAUAAGCCGCACUAAGGUAAAACUAGCUUCAUAUGACUAAUCAGAGUUUAUACUGAUUCCCGUCGGAAUACACAGACUGUCUUUACUGGCGCUCUUGAGCUCUUCUAUUAAAGGGUCACCAUGUCUAAGGCAGAAAAAGUAGCCUUCAUUGUGAAGUUUGUGGAAAGUGAAGGAUCAAAAAAAGACUGUGCUGCCAAAGCUUAUGAGACCAUUUUGGAGCUGCAAUCUGAAAAAUAUUUGAAAACCAUCACAGAAGAUGAUGUUUUGCGCAUGGAUAAGAAGGACAAGUCUCUGUUUGUGUUCACCAGUUUUACAUCUCCAGCCUUUCUUCACUGCAAGAAGCUUGGUUGCAGAAUAGUGAGUCCACUGGUGGUGUUGUACUGCCUGCAGCAACAGCGUUGUGUCCCCAAAGCAGAGAAGCCUGUCUAUAACAUGGCCAUGGCUGAUGUCACCAUUUGCUGCACCAGUAUGGACAGAGCAAUACGGGAAGAGCUGAUGGAUCUGGUGCAGCUCAUGGGUGGAUGGGCCUAUUCGGAUCUAAACGUAUCUGUUACACACCUGAUUGCAGAAGAGGUGGGCAGUAAAAAGUACCUGGUAGCAGCCAGCCUCAGUAAACCCAUCCUGUUGCCUACGUGGGUUAAAGCCUGCUGGGAGAAAUCACAGGAUAGUCUUUUCAGAUAUACAGACCUGCCCUUAGAGGACUACCUUUGCCCUGUGCUGCGUGGCUGUAGUGUUUGUGUGACAGGUCUGUCCAGCACAGAACGCAAAGAAGUACAAAGACUUUGUGAGCAGCAUGGGGCCAACUACACCGGUCAGCUCAAAAUGAAUGAGUGUACACACCUCAUUGUUAAUGAACCAACAGGUCAGAAGUACGAGUGUGCUCGGAAGUGGAAUGUGUAUUGCGUGUCUUUGCACUGGCUCUUUGACAGCAUAGUGAAGGGCUACUGUCAAGAUGAGAGCAGGUACACUGUGGAGCGCAAUGCUUCAAAAACCACUCGACCACACACUUCCACACCUACUGCUACCAGCAAGAAGGAUGAGGGUCCGUCACUGUUGGGCUUGAGCAACAUUUCUGUGAACACUAGCAGAACAAUAAACGACACGGCUCUCACCAAUAACAGCACUGUCAGCCACCUGGAAGCUCCAGACCCCAUAGAGAGUCUGGAUCUUACUGUGUGCCCUGCUGAUGAUUUAUUGGAUGGCUGUAAGCUGUAUCUGUGUGGCCUGCCAGGGAAUAAACUGGAGAAGUUACGGCGUCUUGUAAAUGCUGCAGGAGGUCUGCGCUUCAACCAACCCAGUGAGGAGCUCUCUCAUGUGGUCAUGGGCGAGCUGGACCAGGACCUCAAUAAUUUUCUUUCCAAAGCAACUCACAGGCCCCAUGUAGUAACAGUAAAGUGGCUAAUAGACAGCUUCUCAAAGGGCACUCUGCUCCCAGAAGCCAGCUACCUCCACCCUGACUGUCUGCCUCCUGCUCCAGCUGAUGUAGUGGUGCCGGGUUACCACACUCCCAAAUCCCGGAUCUCAACUGGUCCACCUGCUGGCAGCCCGAGCACUCCGGGGAGAAAGAAAGCAGACGAGGAUCUACUGUCACAGUACAUGGAUGAUGACCCUACAGUGAUUGAUAUGCCGCCUCCACCACCAGCAGAGAGUAAAAGCAGGAAGUCCAUUAGUACAACUGCAGAGCUCCAACCUGAAUCCUGGGUACCAAACCGCACUAAUGGGACAGAAUCCACCCUGCAGGAAGCCAGCGAGGCAGGACUGUUUUUCGGGAAACGUUUCCUUCUUGUGGGGUUUGGUACGGAGGCAGAGACACAGCUCUCUCUGCUGGUGACAGAACAUGGAGGCAAAGUGCUGAUGGGCCGCUCCCGGGUUGUCGCAGACUAUGCUGUGGUCCCUCUCUUGGGGUGCUCAGUGGAGGCCACAGUGGAAGAGGUGGUCACUGAUACCUGGCUGGUCAUGUGUGUGGAGAAGGAGUGUGUCCUGCAGCUGUCCUCCCACCCUUUGUUCACUCCUGUCCCAGUGAUGGACGGACAGUUUCCUCUCAAAGAUUGCGUCCUCUCUGUCAGCCAGUUCACCGGAGCAGAGAGGGAGUCUUUGGUGGAGCUUGCCAAGCACCUUGGAGCCGACGUCCAGGAUUAUUUUGUGCGCCUGGCCAACCAGAAGAAAGGCAUGCUGGCCAGCACGCAUCUGGUGCUGCAGAGCCCCGAGGGCACAAAGUACCAGGCAGCAAAGAAGUGGGGGCUUCCUGCUGUUACCAUGCACUGGAUACUAGAGUCUGCUCGAACUGGGAAGAGAGCAGAGGAGGGAAGAUUUUUAGUUGAUCUGCCACCCUCACCAGAGAGGGAUGAAGAGAGUUUUGUAGGUGGUUCGCAGAAACAGAUUAUGCCUCCAGCGGCUCGUUCCUCUCCAGAAAUCCCUUUGUUGGGUCCCCGGAGCGGUAAGGCUGUCACUCCUCUGGAUUUAGGCCGCUUUCAGAGCAAAGUGUUCCGAUCUGUUUUGGAUGAGAUGAAGCCCAAAGAGGACAUCAGCACCCCAAAACAAAACCAGGAGGGUGGCAGAAGGAACCCACUACAGAACGAGGCCUCCCUGCAGCUGGACACCCCUUCUCGUUUCCUCAACCGAGACCAGCUCUUCAGACCCUCUUUUAAUGUCAAGGAUGCACUUGGAACUAUGGAAACUCCGGGUGGGGCAUCGAAACCAGGGAAGAGGAUUGAGACUCCACUCACUGAUGUCAUCAACAGGAACCUGAAAGUAGCGCUGGCUAAUAGCACCCGCAAUAAUGUCUCAGAGAUGCAAGCAGUCUCUGCCAGUCCCCAGCUUGCAAAGACAGCUGAGAAGGAGAGUCCACGAAAAGAAGCCGGGCCCCUGAAUGGUGUUGUGGUCUGCGUGGGAAAGAAACUGAGCAAAAUGCAGAGUGAACUAAACGCCAUCGCUGCCUCGCUUGGAGCCGACUUCAGGUGGGCUUGUGACGAUACAGUAACACACUACAUUUACCAGGGCCGUGUGGGGGACAACACCCGGGAAUACAGAGGAGUGAAGGAGAGAGGGCUCCAUGUGGUCUCCCAGUACUGGUUGCAGGCGUGCGCUGAUGAGCAAAGGCACGUCCCGGAGUCUCUCUAUCCUUUCACCUACAACCCUAAGAUGAGUUUAAACCUGAGCCAGGUGCCCAGCAACUCUCAGAGGUCACCACCUGUAACACGAACACAACGCAAAGACAUCAGGGAGACGAAGGAAGACGAGUUUGUGCACAAUCCCACACAAGAAGCUGCAACCCAACGCCGUGUGAGUGAUGGAAGCACAGACCAAGAAGAGAUGAAUGAUAGCACAGAAAGGAGGGAAACGCUAGAGAUGAGAGAGAACCUGCAAAGACAACUGCAGGAGAUCAUGUCAGCCACUAAACUGACGACAGGGAGGCGUACCUCAGUCAGGCUCGCUAGGAUGGGAUCCGGAGGGGCAGACUUGGGCCCCCACACACCCGAAGGGAGCAGAGUUGGACGGAGCGGUAAUAGACGGACUCUAGAAGCUCUGAGGGUUCCUCGAGAAGCGGCUAUGGACAUGAACACAGAGCCAUCCCAGAGUGAACAGAUAGUUUGGGAUGACCCCACAGCCAGAGAAGAGAGGGCCAAGCUCGCUGAUAAUUUACAGUGGCCUGGAAGCCCAUCGCAGCACUCUGAGCCCCUCGCUCCUCCUCCAACUGCAGACAGCGGACCACAGCUAAGGGACUCCAUGACGGACUCAGAGCUGGUAGAGAUGGCUGCUUGUGACGUCAUUGAGCAGCACAUGAACAAGAAAGUCCUGACGCCUCCUCCCGAGGAGCCAGAGAAUGACGUCCUCACUCCUAAAGCUCCCAGCAUUGCUUUUCCUCUCGCCAACCCCGCAGUAGCACCAGAACCACAGGAGAAGAAGGAAGAAAAACAACCUCCCAGAUUUCAGCUGUCCUCCCUCAGCCCCCAGGAGCGCAUUGAUUACAGUCACCUCAUAGAGGAGCUUGGUGGUGUAGUCUUGGAUAAGCAGUCUUUUGACCCCAGCUGCACACACAUCAUCGUCGGGACACCCCUGCGUAAUGAGAAGUACCUGGCAGCGAUGGCAGCUGGGAAAUGGAUCCUGCACCGCUCGUACCUGGAGGCGUGCCGCUCUGUGGGUCUCUUCAUUCAGGAGGAGGAGUUUGAGUGGGGCAAUAGCUCCAUCCUUGACGCAUUGCCCUCCAUCACCUCCCAACAAAAGAGACUAGCGUUAGCCGGCAUGCGCUGGAGAAAAAGCCUGCAGGGUCACUCUGAACACGAGGGCGCCUUCAGUGGAUGGACAGUCAUGCUGAACAUCGACCAGAGCAGAGAAUCGGGAUUCAGGCGGUUGCUGCAGUCUGGCGGGGCGAAGGUCCUUCCUGGUCCCUCCCCAUCCAUGUACAAAGAGGCCACACAUCUUUUUGCAGACUUCAGUCGACUCAAACCCGGAGACUUCAGAGUUGAUGUUUUAGAGGCUACCUCACAAGGAGUCACAUGCCUGAAGCCAGAAUACAUUGCAGACUAUCUCAUGCAGGAGCCAACACCACCCAUCGAGCUGUACCACCUGACUGAAGCUCCCUCUGAAGAAGCUCCAGGCACACCGUCACGUAAACGUAAAGCAGCAGCAGAGACCUCCAGGCUGAAAAAGAGCCGUGUGAACUGAAGUUAAAUAUCUUAAAUAUUUUCAACAAUGUGAACAUGAUUGUAAAAAAAAAAAAUCCCUAUUUUUUUAUGACCUGUAUGAAAAUAAAAUAAAUGUAGCACCUGUAUUGUAAUACUGCAUUUUUCAUAGAGCGCCCUGGAGCUGCUGCUUGCACCGAGAGACUCUGCUUGUGAUGGAUGAGUUAAUGAACGUCUGCAGAAAAUGUUGAGUCACGUUUUGUAAUUGCAUGCGAUGCUACUCUCUGGCCUGUAGAGGGCAGUAGUGUGUCAGUGCAUGCCUCAGGUCUGAUUUCUCAGCAGCAGAAUGUAAACUCAAGUCUCCCAAGUGCUGUUUUAACAUUUAUAUAUUUAAUAACUUUACUUAUUGUUUAGGAUUUUUUUGGGGGGGUUAACCAAGCCUUCUAUGAUUUUUUUUUUCCAAAUGUCCUGUUAUAAGUGUGUGUUGUUAACUUUCUUUCUUUUGCAAAAUAAAACCUGCCUGUGUAUUUAUUGAGAAAUCA